AUGGAUCUCCGCGUCGGGAACAAGUACCGUAUCGGCCGCAAGAUUGGCAGCGGCUCGUUCGGAGACAUCUACCUGGGCACCAACAUCAUCUCCGGCGAGGAGAUCGCCAUCAAACUCGAGAGCGUCAAGGCCAAGCACCCGCAGCUGGAAUAUGAGGCCCGUGUCUACAAGUCGAUUGCCGGCGGGGUCGGCAUCCCCUUCGUUCGAUGGUUUGGCACCGAGUGUGACUACAACGCCAUGGUGAUGGAUCUGCUCGGCCCCUCGCUCGAGGAUCUCUUCAACUUCUGCAACCGCAAGUUCUCGCUCAAGACCGUGCUGCUGCUCGCCGACCAGCUCAUCUCCCGUAUCGAAUACAUCCACGCAAAGUCCUUUCUCCAUGUGAGUGUUUUUCUUCCAUCGGGACCAUUGCUAUCGACUACUGUGCCCGAAUGUUCCCGCUGGGCAACGCUGCUUCAAACGUUGCCUUGUGGCAUUGCCUCAAGUCUUCUCUCCUCCCUUCUCCGCGACAUCAAGCCCGACAACUUCGUUAUGGGCAUUGGCAAGCGUGGAAACCAGGUCAACGUCAUUGACUUCGGUCUGGCCAAGAAAUACCGUGACCCGAAGACGCACUUCCACAUUCCAUACCGUGAAAACAAGAACUUGACUGGCACGGCUCGCUAUGCCUCGAUCAACACGCAUCUGGGUGUCGAACAAUCGCGUCGCGAUGACGUCGAGUCGCUGGGCUACGUUCUCCUUUACUUCUGCCGUGGUUCUCUUCCGUGGCAGGGUCUUAAGGCAGCUACGAAGAAGCAGAAAUAUGACCGUAUCAUGGAGAAGAAGAUGACCACCCCUACUGAGGUGUUGUGCCGCGGAUUCCCGAACGAAUUUGCUAUCUACUUGAACUACACCCGUAGCCUGCGCUUUGAUGACAAACCAGACUAUUCCUACCUGCGCAAGAUCUUCCGAGACCUCUUCAUCCGCGAGGGCUUCCAGUAUGACUACGUCUUCGACUGGACCGUCUAUAAGUACCAGAAGAAUGCCCAGGCCAUCGCUCAGGCUCAGGGUCAGAACCAUCCCGACGUCAAGCCACAGGAGAAGGUUACUCGAAAUCGCCCGAGGCACCAGCCCAGCCAAGGUUAUUGAAGUCUAGACACACUGUCCCUUCCAGCUCAUCGGUUAUCGUCUGCUUGCCAGCUCGUGUUUGGGCCAGGUCUUCGAUGAAACCUCUUUGCAGAUGGAAGCGUGACAAUGUCAUAAAUUUACUACAGGUGGAUAGCGACGGAUAAGUCCGUCGAAAUCAAGGACAUUCAGUGCUGCUGUUGAGCUAUACGACGCUGUGCGGCGAUGAUUUAGCAAGUCUACAAGGCUCGAAAGGGGGGAGGUUCUCUUUGCUCCAGAUGGUUCUUUGCCACCUCUACCGCCGUUUUUCCAUACAUCACAUGGACUCCCACUAGUUACAUUGACAGUGGGUACAGCAUGUCGUCCAUUGCACUUGGCCAGAGGGGGUAGAUUAUAGGCAUUUCCAGAUAUUUCCAGAUAGUAUCAGGUAGAGAAAUCAGAGGUCUGUCGCGUGUUUUCUUAUUUUUUCUUUUUUUUCUUUUUAUCUCUUGUUGAUGUUAUCGAUCCGGAUUUUCACAGCUCCUUGCUUCGUCGAGGCUCGAGCACUUCCACUUUGUAUCCUAAGUUUUUCGAUAGCUUUCCACUCGAUAGGACAUCCACUCCCUUGCCUCUCUCCUCUA